AUGUCCGGGUUUGAGAUUGCCGGGGUGGUUCUAGGAACAUAUCCGUUGCUAGUUUCGGCAGCAGAACGUUACCGCCGCCUAAUCACGCGUCAUAAAGAUUACAAAACAAGAAAAAUCUGGUCACGACUACAAAUAGACUUGGAGUUCGAAGAACGUGUUUAUGGUUCCAUCAUGAAUGACCUGUUCUUUGGAAUUCUUGCUGAGGAGCAACAGAGCGAUCUCCUGGGCUCCCUACAGAUGGACCCAACCAUCGCCGCUAAAGUAAAUAAGCGACUAGAAGCUGGCUCGGAGGCUGUUUUACGAUUACUACCUAUCUUGGAGGUCGAACUGAGAAGUAUUAAAGAGAGCUUUGAGUCAAUAGAGAACUCUCUCCAGGGGACCAAAGCCGGGUUUCUUACGGAGAUACAAGACGCAAUGGGCAGCUGCAGGCAUUUACUUCAACUCUGCGCCGAUUGGAAGAAGAUCGGCUCCUGA